GCAGCCUGUGUUGUAACACGGAGUGGAGGCAGUACUGUUUGAUGUGCAGAGGGCAGACCCUAGGAGUCUCAGAGGUGCCAGACCCCGUUAUUACCUAAAACUAAUGACUUUAUUCUGGCUGAUUAUUCCGAUCUGAGUAGUGGAUAAAGUCUGGACCUGCCGCCAAACAUGAGGGACAGACUGUGAAGAGAACAUGUGUCUGCCUGAUGUUGGAACUUACAGCAGCCGUUCUCAACGCAAUAGAAGAGACUGAUCAUCAAGAUGGCGAUAAAGAAAAACACUCGACUGUGAAAGAAAGAAAAGCCCAGAUAAGGGGAGACAACAAAUUCCUCUUUCUAAAAAAAAGAGAGAAGACUGAGAAAAGUGUCAUACAAGAUGACAUGAAAAAAAGACGUUAAGACAGGAGGAUGUGUGAAGCUGAGAGGAAAGUUCAGUGAAGCAUUCCAGUUGAGAGUGGAGUGCAUUAAUAGGUGCACUCUGAAAGUCCUUUCUUCUCUCUCUCUCGCUGAUUUCCUGCAAUAAAGAAAUCAUUGAGGAGUCUGCAUUCUUAAGCCCUAUCCAAACUAAACAACACUGAAGUCUCAGGUGGCCUGGUUACAUAGGUUUGGAUAUGGGAGAGUUGAUUUGAAAGUUUCUGCUGGGUUGAGCUCUGGACUUGUUUCAUUGUCCCGAACCACAAGUGAAGUGUGGAGAAUGAAGCCCGUCACUCCAGUUGGUUCCCCCUCCCCUCUCAGGCUACUAAACAAAGGUCCUGAAUAUCUACGCAGGCAAAUGGAAAGUGGAAAUAGGGGCCGGGCACCGAGUGCUGUCGAGAGACUUGAAGCAGACAAGCCGAAGUAUGUCAAAAGCCAGAAAGUGAUGAACACUAAGCAAGAGACAAUUGCCAGCCCUUCUGUGACUCCACAACCUUCUGCUCAAAACUGGGUCAGACCAGGUGAGGCAAGGAGGCCUUGCCAGGAUUUUGAUGCCAGGAAAGAAAACUCCAAUUUGGAACAACUCAACAACAUCAGAAAUGUCUUUGUGGACAAGCCAUCCCACAAUCCAGUGGUCACGAGGAGAGCCACCUCCAAGAGAGUCAUGAGGCCAGACUCCUUAAUCAUUUACCGACAAAAACGUGACUGCAAGACAGGCAGCAAUGACAACUCCAGGGGCUAUAACUUCAUCCGACGCCUUUUUCAGGGUUCGACCAGGGACAAGCAGGUGAACUCUCUCAAGUUGCCAAAAAUCAUCCUGAAGGAGAGCAGUAGGUCUUUCUCUGAAGAUAGCUCUCCUGUUAUGUCACACGUCAGUUGUCUCAAUGACUGUGAAGCAACAGAGGUUGAAAAUCAUUGUGUCAAGCUCUUCACUAACAAGGAAAUUGCAGGCUCAAUUUCUCCAAACCUUUGCUUAACCAGAACUCUCAACCUGCCAAGUAACCUUUCUGAAGCAAAUAGCCAAGUAGCUUUGAGAAACAGGACUUUGCAACAUCCAAACAGGGACCAUUUGCUACGUAAUUCGGUCACUUUGUCAGAAGAAGAAAGGUUUUUCAAUUACUGUGGGCUUGACCCUGACAUGGCAGAGCAUCUUGGGCUGUCCAAUGUCUCUCCUGCUCCUUCAGACUCAAUAUAUCCCGGAGUUCAGAAUGUCAGCAUGACUGAGAGUGAUGACAGUGAAUUCUCUCAUGGAAGCAGAGAUGGUGAAGGCCUUUAUGAAGAAGAAAUUCAGGAGCAGGUCUCUUUGGGGAUAUCCAUCAUUGAACGAAAUGCACGGAUCAUCAAGUGGUUGUACAGUUGUAAAAAGGCCAAAGAAGGACCAAGGGAGUCAACAGUAUAGAGUUUUAGAACUCGCCCCAAAAUGCAAAUAGAAUAUUUUCAUUGAUGUACAUUCUGUCUUAAGUAUUAAUACCUUGAGGAAUUGAAAUAAAUUCUGUCUUUACCUCAA